CCUUUCGUCUCAGCCUUUUUCCUUUUUCCCCAAAAAACGUGAAAGAGGAGGAGUGGAAAAGUUAGCAAACUUUCUUUGAGGAACUAUUUUACUUUAGCGGUUAUGAAUGCAAACCGCGCUUGCGAAAGGGAUUGAGAGACAUCACUGUACACUCCGGUGAAUUAAGGGGUAAACAAGCACGUCGGUGCAAAAUGUUAAAAAGGAGCAGAGAGCGGUGAUCUUCCAGUGGUCUUUCAAUGACACAGAGAAAGAGACCUGAAGCCCAAUUGUGAAAUUGCCCAGAGUACCGCUGAUUUGUAGCAGAACAAACCCACCAGGAUGACCGAUUGGAUCUUGCUUGUGGUGCUAGGCUCUCUGGCUGCUGAUCUUGUCCAAGCGGGGGCAAAGAAUGCUUACACCGGGCCAUGUGCGGGUCGAGACUGCAGUGGAGACUGCCAGUGUUUGCCAGAGAAGGGGGCAAGGGGUCAACCCGGACAGAUUGGGCCCCAAGGGCGCAGUGGACCUCCAGGAUUUCCUGGACCCGAGGGACUAAGAGGACCAAAAGGUGAAAAGGGUAACUCUGGUAACCCAGGAGCUGGAGGCAUGAAAGGAGAAAAGGGUCCAAUCGGUGUGCCAGGAUUUGUCGGGAUGAAUGGGAUUCCUGGUCACCCAGGUCAACAAGGUCCAAGAGGACGCCCAGGUCUUGACGGGUGCAAUGGUACCAUCGGAGAUUCUGGUUUCCCUGGCAGUGCAGGUUAUCCAGGAUCCCCAGGACUCCCGGGUGAAACAGGUCUCAAAGGAGCUAAAGGAGAGCCAGUCCGUAUCUCUGGAAACCGUGGUGAACUCAGGGGCGAGCCGGGCCUACCAGGUUUGGAUGGAGUUCUUGGUCCACCAGGUUUUCCUGGGCCAGAUGGCUUUGUGGGACCCAGAGGACAGCCGGGCCUUCCAGGCCGACCUGGUCCCCCAGGCCUUCCAGGAUUGAAAGGUAACAUGGGACUGGGAUUCCAAGGACAAAAAGGAGGAAAGGGAGAUGUGGGUCUGCCUGGUCCUCCAGGCCCACCACCUGCCACCGGGCAACUUGAGUUUGGUGGACAACCUGGAUUUCCAAAAGGGGACAGAGGUGAAAAGGGUGAUAAAGGAUUACCUGGUCCUCUUGGAAGACCUGGAUUGCGUGGCCCUCCGGGAUAUACAGAUGGAAUUAGACCAAAAGGAGAGAAAGGAAUCCCUGGUCUCCCAGGCCCGAGGGGAUCUUUUGGCUCAGAUGGAUCACCUGGAAUUCCAGGAAGGAAGGGCCAACCAGGUUUCCCUGGAACAAUUGGAAGAGAUGGUUUCCCAGGAAUGAAGGGUGACCAGGGUGAUGUGGGUCCACCAGGACCCCCAGCUUACAUAGAUGGAGGUGGUGCUCUUGUUAAAGGUCCUCCUGGAGAUUCAGGUUCACCAGGAUUCCCAGGUCUUCCGGGAAUCCAAGGUUUACCAGGUCCACCAGGAUUGCCAGGACGUUUCGGCUCUCCAGCGCAAACUCAAGGUUCCAAGGGUUUACCAGGAUUUCCAGGAAUUAAAGGACCUACAGGCGAAAAAGGUUCACCAGGAAGAAUGAUAUUCUCACAACCAGGACCACAGGGUCCACCAGGUUUACCAGGCCCACCUGGACCUCCUGGUCCACCAGGUCCUUCAGAUAGUCGGACCAGAGUCAGUGGACCAAUUGGACCUCCGGGAUUGCCUGGACCAGCCGGACCACCAGGAUUCAGGGGAAGCAAAGGAUAUAAGGGUGAGCCUGGUGCUUGCGCGUGCAGUGGAGUAAUAACUGGGAAUGGAAUUCCAGGACCUCCCGGCCCUCCUGGUGAACCAGGAAAGCCUGGCUUCAAUAGUGGCAAAGGCCAGUGUGGUGACCCAGGACCCCCAGGACCUCCGGGGCAAAGAGGCCCUCCAGGCAUUUCAGGCGUGCCAGGAGGAUUAGGUCCGAAAGGACAGAAGGGAGACUCAUCAGUAACAUCUGCAAAAGGGCAAAAGGGAGAUCCUGGUAAUCCAGGGCCAAGGGGACCUUCAGGCACUCCAGGAAAACCAGGAAAUGAUGGCUUCCCAGGUUUAGCCGGACGUCCGGGUGAACCUGGUGACAGCGGAACAGGCAUUCGUGGUGUUAAAGGUUUCCCAGGCAGUCCUGGUCGAAAGGGUCCUCCAGGUGAGAUGGGUCCACCAGGCAUCGGAUUCCCAGGCCCACCAGGUUUCCAGGGUCCUCCAGGUGAUCCAGGAGUUGAUGGAAUACCAGGACCUCCAGGAUUACCAGGGGCACCAGGUGACUGUUGCUGCGGGGAAACCGCUGGUGAAGGCGACCUUCAUACAGAGGGAGGAAUCACUCUGCCCUGUGUGAUCCCAGGCAAUGUAGGUUUGAUGGGUAGACCUGGAGUAACAGGACGCCCAGGUCCAAAAGGCCGACCUGGCUUCCCAGGUAGUCCAGGACGACCAGGAUCUGAUGGACCAAAAGGACCCCCUGGAGAUCCAGGCUUACUGGGACAAUCAGGCCGCCCAGGUUUUCCUGGGCCGCCUGGUGAUCAAGGACGGUCUGGCCUCCCUGGACUGGAUGGAAAUGAAGGGUCUCCUGGAAAAAUGGGUGCCCCAGGAUUCCCAGGCCAAAAAGGACGCCCAGGUGAUGUGUAUGGUGCGGAAAGAGGUGCUCCAGGACAACCAGGUCCACCUGGAAAACCAGGAUUGAAAGGGAUUCCCGGAGAUUCCGGGUUUCCAGGAGCCAAAGGUGUUGACGGUAGGCCAGGCUUUCCAAGUCGAAAAGGUGAAAGGGGAAAUCCUGGCUUUCCUGGCCUUCAGGGCUUGCCAGGACCUCCAGGCCCAAGUGGACCAGGUGCCAUACCUGGUUUACCAGGAGAAAUGGGAAGGCCUGGUGAGCUUGGACAACCAGGUUUCCCCGGACCAAAAGGUUCAGUUGGAGAUCGUGGACCCCCAGGUCCUGCGGGUAUGAAGGGAUUUCCAGGAAUUCCAGGAGAUCGAGGUCUCCCUGGAUCACCAGGUCGCCCUGGUGUUCCAGGAGAGCCUGGUCGUACAGCUCAAUUUAAUCGAUAUGGAUUGAAAGGCGAGAAAGGCUCUCCUGGCGUAGUUGGCUUCCCAGGCAUUCCUGGUUUACAAGGUCGGCCAGGGUUUGAUGGAAACAAAGGAGAAAUGGGUAGCCCAGGUAGACCAGGCUUCCCUGGUUCCCAAGGCAGGAAAGGAAUAAAAGGUGAUAGGGGUGACAUUGGAUUCCCCGGGCCUCCACCUCCUUUUAGAGGUGGCUUUCCAGGACCAAGAGGUGACCCUGGUAAUCCUGGGAAUCCAGGCUUCCCUGGGAUGAGAGGAGACAAAGGUUUUCCAGGGUCACUUGGUCGCCCUGGACUCCCAGGACCAAGAGGCCGUUCUGGGUUCGGGAAAGGUAGACCAGGUGAUCCGGGGCCUCCAGGGUAUUCUGGACCACCAGGACAACCAGGGCUGAAGGGCUCCUUUGGCAUUAUUGGAUUCCCUGGAUCGACAGGAGAAUUGGGUAAUGUUGGUCUACCAGGUCCUCCUGGGUACCCUGGUGAAUGGGGUCUUGUUGGUCCAAAAGGUGAACCUGGUGAUCGACUAGCUGUGCCAGGCCUAGUAGGAAGAAAAGGAGAACGUGGGCAACCAGGGUAUCCAGGUGAAAGAGGGCAGACUGGUUUGCGUGGUGAUCCUGGUCUCUCGGGUAGCCCUGGGCCUCCUGGACUUAAAGGAUUACCAGGUGAAAGAGGUCGACUGGCUGGCCAAGGUGCUCCAGGGCUGCAAGGGCCAUCUGGGAAUUCAGGUUAUCAGGGACCUCGAGGAUAUCCAGGUCCCCCAGGACCUCCAGGUCGACCUUAUCAACCAGGACAGAAAGGACUCCCAGGCUCUCCAGGACUAGAUGGUUUGAAUGGUUUGCCUGGACCUAAAGGACCCAGAGGAACACCAGGUGCUGCUUUGGCGGCAGUGCCAGGGCCUCCUGGUUUUCCUGGGUUAAAAGGUGAAUACGGUGCACCAGGCAUUGGUGUCGGGGCACCAGGAUAUCCUGGACAAAAGGGACCUCGAGGAGAUCCAGGCCGUGCUGGGUCAUUGGGUCCUCCAGGGAAACCAGGUGCUCCAGGAAUUACCAUCCCUUCAAACAUUCCUGGUAAGCCAGGUGAUGUUGGUCCUCCUGGAUAUGAUGGUGAACAAGGUCCUCCAGGUCCACUUGGUCCUCCUGGGCCACCAGGCUUGGGUUUUGAAAGAGGAGAUCCUGGUGAUCCUGGUUUUUCCGGUAUCCCUGGGUCACAAGGUGCAAGGGGGAACGUUGGGUCUCCUGGACUGCCAGGAGUUCCUGGUCGUCCUGGAUUGAAAGGUGAAAGGCCAGAACCAGGCAGAAUGGGAUUUCCAGGAACAGAUGGCCCUCCUGGUGAUCCAGGAUACCCAGGGCCCAAGGGGGAUCUUGGUGCUCCAGGUUUUCCGGGACAAAAAGGCUUAAUGGGACCAGUAUCAGAAGUUAUACCAACACCGCCAAUCCCAGGUCCCUCAGGUCUCCAUGGGUCUGAGGGGAUACCUGGUCUCCUGGGGAACCCAGGCAACCCUGGUUAUGUGGGAUUUCCAGGUGUCAAAGGUCAGCCUGGAAAACCAGGGAGAGUGGGACCAAAUGGUUUACCUGGCCCUCCAGGUCUGAUAGGAGACCCAGGCUUGAAGGGAUAUCCUGGACCACCUGGAUUAGAAGGUAGCCCUGGGAAGCCAGGAACAGCAGGACUUCCAGGAAUGCCAGCUCGUAGUGUGAAUGUUGGCUACACACUAGUAAAACACAGUCAAUCCGAUACAGUGCCACCCUGCCCAUUGGGAAUGAACAGACUGUGGGAAGGAUACAGCUUACUGUUUGUGGAAGGUCAAGAAAAGAGUCAUGACCAAGAUUUGGGAAUGGCUGGCUCAUGCUUGCCUCGAUUCACCACUAUGCCUUUCCUCUACUGUAAUGUGGAUGAGGUGUGCCACUACGCAAACAGGAACGACAAGUCUUAUUGGCUUUCUACAACUGCCCCAAUCCCUAUGAUGCCCGUCUCCAACCAGCAGAUCCAACGCUACAUCAGUCGCUGCUCAGUCUGUGAGGUGCCAUCACAGGCUAUUGCCGUGCACAGCCAGGACAUAACCAUUCCACAGUGUCCUGAAGGCUGGCGGAGUCUGUGGAUCGGUUACUCUUUCCUCAUGCACACAGCUGCUGGUGCUGAAGGUGGGGGCCAGUCUCUUGUGUCGCCAGGCUCCUGCCUGGAGGACUUCCGCUCCACCCCCUUCAUCGAAUGCAAUGGCGCCCGCGGCACAUGCCACUACUUUGCCAACAAGUACAGCUUCUGGCUGACCAUCGUGGAGGAGGGCCAGCAGUUUGUGGAGUUGCCACCCUCGGAGACACUGAAAGCGGGUCAGCUGCGCACCCGGGUCAGUCGCUGUCAAGUCUGCAUCAAGUAUUUGUAGCAACUGGCUGGCUCAAAGCUGCCUGAGAGGCGUGACUGUUGUUCUGCUGACAGACACAGAGGUCUUUCUUAUGAAUCAACAGCCAGCUUUACAAACUUUGUAUAUUAGGAAGAGACAGUCUCAAAAACAGAUUGUAUUUUUAAAUAAAAGGCAUAACUUGAUUCCUACAACUAUGCAAAGCUCCCCUGCACCCCACUCGUGUACCCGUCUCCCUUUUUUUGAUUAAUCUGUUGAGCUUCCACUGAGCAAAUAAUAGACUGCCUAAAGUCGUUAUUCACUGGGCCUGCUCAAACCUAUUUAGGUGCAGUUUAUUUUCAGUAGCUCCUGUAAGAUUGAUCAGGCUGAUACUAUGCCUGAGUGCAGUAUGGGUGGAGUUCACCACACUGUAAAAAAGGUGCAGGAUGUUCUGUGUUCAUUCGUGUAUAGUAAAGCUGGGGAUGCCUCUUCAGCUUCUCAUGUACUUCUGAUGGGUUGUGCCACUCUGUAUGCCACCCCCCACUUGCCACCUCUUCCACAGGCAUUUUUAAAAUUUGGGCAUGGAGUUGAGUUCUUUUUUUAACACAUCUCUGCCAGUUGUUUUUGUUCAUAUGCCUAACAGUUCAGUGCAAACUAUGAAUCCUCCUAUAAAUUAUUCAAGGUAUUAUCACACAUGGUACCCUUCCCCAAGUUGGCAUCAUGCUAAAGCAUUUUCUUCUCUGCCAUUACAUUGCAACUUACCUCCAUUGUAGCUUCCCUACUCUAAGCUGUGUCCCAAAAGGCUGGCGUUGGGAUUGGGACAGAAGAUGGUAAGCUUUAAGGCAAGGAAAACCAUUUUACAAGUUUAGUCAUGAAGAGCUGUAAUAAUGUUACUCAAGCACCAAAAACAAUGACAAAGAAGACAAGGCAUAUUUCAAAAAUAUUUUUGUUUAUUGAAUUCCUUCUUGGAAAGUACAAUGUUAAUAAAAGAAAAAAAUAAAACAACCUGUUUAAUUGUCAAAAAGAAUGAAUUUGAUCAAUUUAGAUUGGGAGUCGCAUGCGUCUUUAAUGAUCGCAUGUGAUUCACGACGAGAAGUUGCAGACAUGGAGACAGGGCAUAGGAAUGCUGAACAAAAGAGGUCUGACAGUACAGAAAGUGGGUUAAUGUCAAUGUUAUCUACUGAACAUAAACUGGCCUAUGUUUCAAAGGCUUAUAUAUAUACUGUAAAUACAUUAGUUUGCUUGAUCGUGGAACUUGAUUUUAAAAGUUGUGCACUGAUCCCCCUUCCCCAUCCCAAUUACAAAAAAAACUAAAAUUUACUGUCCUGAAAUAGGAAUACUUUCUGUAAUUCUCACAGAAAAAGUAUUGUUUUAAUUAUUCAUUGUGCAAGAUAUUUUUCCGCAAUACCAACUUGUGUACGGGAUUAGGUUUAAAGCUAUCGCGUGCACUUCUUAGAUCAUGAGCCACAUUUGAAAAGGGCUGGAGAAGGAAUAGCAGGAAACAAAAAAUAUUGUGGAAGGUUCAUGUUUACUUGUCACAAAGGUGCUCUUUUUGCAGUUCACGGCUACCUCAGAAAGUGAAAUUGUUGCCUAACUUUCUCUGCUACCACAGAAUAGGUUUGACAUAGAUGCAGUCACUGAAAUCAAUAAACGCAUGUGUACCUGCACUGAUAUAUCUAACUGGCUUUCAUUCAUGUUCGCACAAUGGAGCUUCUAUUUUUGCUUCUGCUGUUUAUAAAACAAACUUCUCAUUGUCAAGUGGAGAGGUCAUAAGUAACAACUCUACCAAAGACUGUUAGUGGCAAUUAAUUAGCAGAUUUAUUACCUUUAACUGGCAGAUGUAGCGAAUUUUGUCAAUUGCCAUUAAUUGUUAGCCCAGAAUUCUUUGACACAGAAUUAAGUCCAUCUUCUCCUCUCUUUACUCACAGGUCUAAUUGGUUUUGGCACAGACAGACCCACAUUUGGUACACUUAACUGCUGUAUUCACUGUUAAUCAUUACAUAAUAGAAUCACAUAAAUCCCCAGGUACACUCACUAAAUGUGUUGCACUGGUUCAAAUUUCAAUAUUUAGCAAUUGAUACCAAAAAAAGAAUAGAAACAUGGUGAACUUGCGUUCUGUUAUUGAUUAGAGUAUAACAGCCGGUCAAUACAGAGGUGCCAACUGACAGGGAGGACUUUGUUUUCCUAUUUGCUUAGAGAAGAGAUUUGGCAAUCUUAGAUGAGAGCUUAGAAAGGAUCUGGUGCUUAGUAUAUAGAUCAAAUCCAAUAAAAAGGGGUCUGUCACACCAUAACCUACAAAUGCCAGAACUUUUGUUUCUUCAAUCUAACACUGAGGAACUUUUGUUGAGUUGGUUGCAUGUAACAUCAGCUUGAGCCAUUUUUGUCACAAUGCAAACUGCAGUGAUUUAUUGUCAGUCCUUCGCAUUGCAGUGCAGGGUUGAAUGGCUCCUGAACUUCAUAUGCUAUCAACUUAAUGAACCACUGAUCACUUCACUAUUUACAAACCAAAAAAGCUUUGGGUCCCCAGACAUUUUACUGAGUGCAGAAACUGGCUUCACUGAAGUAGUUUUUAGUACUACAGUUUUGUCUUUAAUCAAGAAUAAGUGAUAAAGAAAUGUCAGCGAUAGAAAAGACAAUUAGGCUCAGGCUGAAGUUCAGCUGAAAAAGGACCUUUAUGAAAAGCUCUGUUUUUGAAUUGAGUAGCCAUUCAAAUGCACAGUAUUGUAGGAUGCAGAGUUGCGAUAUUUUGCCAUUUUCAAAAGCCAACUGAGAACAUAAGAGGUCUGGUAAGGAUUUAAAUCAUGGCUUAAGUUCUGAGAGUAGAAUUUCCAAAUCCUCAAAUGACUUAAGAGAAAAUUGGAAAAUUGUGUGCACUUCAAAACCAGACAGUGGCAAACUCUUAUUGUGCCAAAGAAAAACAACAUUUUUAAAACCCACAAGUGUUUGUAUUCAAAAUGGUGCUAUUUUACAUUGCUUCAUUGCACUUAGAAAAUUCAAUCCAUUUACUUAUGGCAGAGCAUCAUGUGUUCAGUAUGUAAUCUCUUGAACAUGCUUCUGGGUCCAUGAAAACUUCAAUCAUCACCCCAAUUUGGGAAGAAUUGUACAUUUCAGAAUUUGGAUGAAUUGCUUUUAAUUGUAUUCUUGUCAUUGUAUCUGGAUAUGAUUUAUUUCUGAUUUUAAAGAAAAUAAUUCCAAAUUUCAACUCCUAUUUUUGUUGUUGUUGCUUAAUGCUUAGUCACAAAGAAUUAUUGCUGGCAGGUUUGUAUUUUAAAUGGCUUUUGGUACUAUUGAAAUUUAAAAUUUAAAUAUUUAUACUAAAAAAAACUCUGAAGCUGUAGAAAUUUAAUUAAUAAUUGUUUGAACAAAUAACCGAAUUUUAAGUGCUUGUAAGGCAACAUUGCUUUCACGAGACCAGCGAUGUUGCAGAGAUAUAUAAACUGCCAAAUGAAUGUAUACAAUAAAUUCAUGUAUUCUUGUCAAAAAAACUCUGUAAAAUCUCCUCUGUCUGCUGACUGUAAGGUACUAGCCUAAAAUAUACUUGAGUUAGUCCCAACUGAGAUCUUGGAGGAUAUGGGCAAAAAAUGCAACAUUUUCCUAAAUUUGGCAUUAAUUGGCAGCUCUGCUCCAAGUGGAAAGGGAGAGAUAAAUCACUGGGUUUUGAAGUCCUUUCCUGCGACUGGCAUGAAGGCAUCUGGCUGGAACUGAAUAUGGAAAGCUCAACCAAGCUGGAAACACUUGAAACAAGAGGUUGUCAACUCUCCAGUCUGGAAUGAUUGUGUUCAUGCAGUUUCUGGAUUUUGAAAUUUUCUGGAUUAUACGAUACUGGAAGGUCUAGUCACCAAGUGUGAGAUCAGAAAACAAUGUAGAUGGAAAUAUUUGCAUAAACCAAAACAAUGAUUAAAACAAUCAUAUUCCUUAUUCAAACAACUUUCAUGGUUUUACUCCCAAAGUAUUGCACUAAAAUGAUGCCUAUGACAUUGAACAAAUGCUCAAAACAUUUUCAAAUAAUAUAUUUUUUCUGAAAAACAGAUUUUUGGAUUAGAGAGAUUAGAUUACCAAUUUGGGGAAAGUAUUUCUUAAAUGAAAAACCAGUAGUGACUAGUAGAUCAAAUAGUUAUUUUAUGUGUUGUAUGUUCCAUACAAUAUCCCCCAUCCGAAUGAGCCAGAAAGUUAAGGAGUGAAUUAGAAAUGCCUCCAUUACCGUACAACAUAAACAUACAUUCGUACUAAAUUGGCAUCAUCUGAGGUAACACACAAAGGAAGACUUUUCCCUUGUGCAGGUGGAAACAACAGUAAUCUCCUUCUCCUUAGCAAAAGUCAUGCUCUGAGGAAGAAUAGGUUGGUCAUAGCUCUUCAGGCUUUUGUUCUGUUCAGGUAUUUUUUAUGCAUAGGUGCACAGAAGUACUGAAUUUACCUUAUACUCUCAUUUCUUUUUAUUAUACUGAGCAAAAUGGGGUCUAAAACUUGAUGAAAAAAUUUGACUAAACUAUCUUUUAUAUGCUUUUUGGUAGUCUUUGUUUUGCCGAUGCAAAAGUAGCUCAUUACCUUACCUAUUUGUCUCUGAUUGGAAAUGAUUUGCUCAAUGAGCUGCCUGCUCUAUAGCUGAAAGAAAUCUGAGCUGAAGGAAGAUUGAUGUUCUUCCCAGUUUUGGAAGUCUAUGAGAAAAUUCAACACUGACCAGGAUUCCAUUGGUGCUGUUCUAGUCAGGUCUAGAGUAUGAUUCUAAGGUAAAACAAGAUAUAAGUAAUUUUGCUGGAGAGACAAGAGCAAACCUGAUGAAAAUACCCAUUAAAUAAUUUUUUGAUUGUUCAAAUUUGCAAGAAAUUCUGUAUGAUUCCUUUGGAAAAACCAAAAUCUCCCAAAAAUAAUUGCUCAACAUGCAAAGUUGUUAUAAAGAAUUGGAAUCAGUAAGAUUUGAUAGUAUAAAAUAAAACAAUUUUUCUCUCCCUUUUCUUUGUGCAGCUCUCAAUUCCAUUCAGUUAAAAAUAUGUUGGCCCUUUAUCAGAAAUCUACAGUUCUAAUACAAUCAUGUAGUACCUCUUCACAUAAACAACACUGGAACUAAUUAGAACACACUGGAGAGAUAACUGGCUAGGCUCAGAUGUCAUAUUUGCAAUGGCUUCCAGAGAUUCUGCAGUGACAGACUUUCUUGUGUGCAAAUUUGGUGAUUGCCCUUUGUGAUGAUUUGGACGAAAGCCAGCAUCUAUGGAUGUCGCUAUAUUUUUUCUCUUGGCGCUAAUAGUCAUCAUCUUAACAGUACCUAGUCUCUAUGCUGAAAGUACAACCUGCUCCCGUGACUCCUGUUUGAGUGCUUAAUUUUCUGCCAGAUCUCUUACAUUUUCUUAAAUGAAUAUUAUUAAUGGACUUUUUUUUGCAGCCACGUAUUUAUUAAGCAGAUGAUUGCCAAAAUCUGUUCUUCCCAUGUUGAACUUAUUGGAGCCAUAAAUGGGGUAUGUAUUGUGAAUGUCCUGGACCCUAAUUCUUGGCUCUGGGUGGUGCUACAGUUGUACCAGGAGUGGGUGUGUGUCCAUUUUAGUAACAUUCCAAUAAAUCAUUAUACUUUCUUCUUAUGCUUAGUACCAUUUUGCUUUUCCCUUCACUUUUUAGCUCUCUGAUUUUUCUUUCCCUGCACUCCUCACAGGAAAUAGUCCGCCUUGUUUUUGCUGUACUCAUGAAAUGGCAUAAAUUGAGAAACAACCUCGGAAGUCCUUAAGUAGGGGAUUUCAGUCAGAAUGUUGCAGUGUGUAAUUCAAGAUCUCCUGGCAUACGGGUGUAGCUUUUUAGAGUGCAUUGUCUAACUGGAAACAUACAACAGGCGUUCUAAAGCGCCAGCCUUUAAAAAGAAAAGCCAGAUCUGAAAAAAAAGCUUGGUUCUUGUCUGCAUCAGCCAAUUUGCUUUUCUAUUGAUGUUGCCCUUCCACUGCACUCUUUCAUUUUUGCACACCGAGUGUAGUUGCUAGGAGAUUGAAUCAAAUAAUGUGUUCGCCUCAGUAAAUUUUGUGUUCUAUGCAAUCCUUUAAACAAUCAUCGUGUUUUAAUUAUUUAACAACUGUGUGGAGAUAACUGAAUAAUUGAUGGGCUGUAUUAGGUUUGAAGGAUUGAACCAGUGUACUAAUUCUGAAUAAUAAACUUUUCAUCAACUUUA